AUGGAGCAAACCCUCCAUAAACUGGACAGCCACGGCGAUAUUAUACUGGUCCUGGAUGAGCAGGAUGCUUCGUAUGAGGAUGAUAAGGAUUUCUAUGAUUUCUUUGAGCUUCCUUCGCCUGUGAAUGAGGAAAAAAUUGAUAAGGACCCUUCUGCUUGUCACAACACAAGGAAUGACCGUAUGGAAAAAUGGUCUAGUUUUGCUUCAGACUCUGAGCCUGAGCCCGAACCUGGGCCUGAGCCAGAGGCCGAAGUGGACAAUUACUUGGACGAAGAUGUGCUUGAAGAGGAGAGGUUCCAUACUACACAGAACUCAACUCCAGGCAGCCAGUCUCGCCCUAUUCGAUUUCAAGUAUCUUCUAAGCAUCUCAGGCUUGCUUCACCUACCUUUGAAAUAAUGCUAAAAAGAGAAUGGACUGAAGGACAUACCCUCAAUACCCAAGGAACUACAGAGUUACGUGCACUUGGUGCUACUCAGGAGGCUCUUCGGGUCUUUUUAAGAGUCAGACUCCUAUGCGAGGUUACAGUCCUUAUCGAUUAUUAUAAAGCUUAUAACACCCUCCAAUUUUCGUCGACACUUGGAUCAAAGAUGGCCCGUGAUAGUAUUAGAUGGCUCUGUAUAUCCUGGGUGUUCAAGCACGAUGAGAUCUUUAAAAGCGUAACCCGAGUUCUACAACGCCAGGUUAAGGCUCCACUGCAGGUUUCAAAGAUUCCGAUCUCAGGCACCGUGAUAGAUAAGAUUAAUCAAUCGAGAGAAGAUGCUAUCGAGGGGAUAAUCUUAGCUCUACAUGACUUGGUCGACAACCUUGAAAGUGGGAAAACCAGCUGCAAUUUUGAUUGUGACUCUAUACGCCUAGGGGCACUGAGGAAGCAAUUAAAAUCCAGGGGUCUUCUCAACCCCCGUCCGUUAAGCCAUAUCUCGGUUACAGCUUUUCAAGACUCUGUGGCAGCCUUCGCAAGAUUGGAAUCCCGCCGUUAUAUAAAUUUAAAAACCGAAGUGAACUACGGUACAAUGGGUACAACCAACACCCGUCUCCCCAUAUUUGUCAGAUCGGGCCGACUAUCAGAUCGAUUAUUGAAAAACAGGAAAACUCCAUCGAAGAGAUGA